UACCAAAUGUUGCGUUCCAAACCUCUCUCUUCUCAAUAAUCCUCAACCCAACAACCAGCACCGCGCCAGCGCUGGCAGUGGCUGCCAGCAUAAAAUCUCCUCGUUCAUUGGGGUUCAAAGGUGUCGAGAUCGCGCCAUGGACGACGCUCAGAUCAAGGAGAUUCUGGAGAAACAGGUGCUCACGGUAGCGCGGGCUGUGGAGGAUAAGCUCGAUGACGAGAUUACGGCAUUGGAUCGGCUGGACCUUGACGAUAUCGAGGUUUUGCGGGAGCGACGGCUACAGCAGAUGAAGAAGUUGGCGGAGAACAGAAAUCGGUGGACGUCUCUAGGUCACGGGGAGUACUCAGAGAUCCCCGAGAAAGAUUUCUUUGCGGCCGUGAAGGCCAGCGAACGCGUCGUAUGCCAUUUCUACCGAGAGAACUGGCCCUGCAAGGUUUUUAUUUUUUUAUUUUUGGAUUGCAUCUUUCAAGCCGAGAGCAUAUAUAUAUUUGUGUGUGUGUGUGUUUAAGCAAACAAUUGAGUUAGUUUGAUGCCGGGAUGUCCUUUUUUAUGGUUCCUGAUUUAGGAAAAAAAUGUUAAAUUAAUGAGAUCACACAAGUGAACUUUUUGUGU